GCGGCACCAUGGUCGAGCAGUCGGACCGAGCCCCGCUGCUGGACUGGGAGGAGAUCCCACCGUCUGACCCGAACCAGGCGGCUCCGUCGCCACCUGCGCCGCCGAAGGAAAAGGAGGCCGCGACGUCGGGAAAGAAAACUUCGACACGAGUCUGCCUCGCGGUGACAGAAAUUGGCAGGAGGGACGACAAUUCCACCACCACCACCACCAAGGCCGUCGUCACCUGCCGCCCGACAGCUGUUGUUGACGACCGGGAGAGAAGCCCGAUGGGCCGGGAGAAGCACACCGGCCACAUGCGGUGUCAGCCGGCACCUCCCUUCCCGGAUGUGACUGUGAGAGAUCAGUGGGAAGAGAAAGAUCACAUCCUGGCUGUCUUUGUGGUCACCUUUAAUUCACGAUCAGGAAACAUGGUAGAGUGGUGCCUACCUCAUGACAUCAACCUAGAUGGAGUCGAAUUCAAGGCAAUGGCCAGUGGUUCCCAUAGGGUUACUAACGACUUUAUAUAUUUCCGUAAAGGCUGUUACUUUGGGCUGGCCUGCUUUGCUAACAUGCCGGUCGACAACGAGCUGGAACGAGGAGCCAGGAUGAAGUCUGUGGGAAUUCUGUCUCCUUCCUACACGCUGCUGUACCGCUACAUGCACUUCCUGGAGAACCAAGUCAGACUCCAGUUAAAAAAUCCAGGCCAUUAUUCUCCAUUGGAGGCCUUCUACGAGGACAAGAAGGCCAUCCUUCCGCCGACAGGAAAUGGCAGCUUCACUGUUUGCCCUACCUGGAGUGUGACCACCAUCAACCGCUGUAUGCAUCCCGAAAUGAAGAUCACUCACCCAGCUGGCUGCAUGUCUCAGUUUGUCCAGUUUUUUGGAGAGCACAUAAUGGUGCUGUGGAAGUUUGCACUGCUUCGGAAGCGCCUCCUCAUCUUCUCCCCACCACCUGUAGGCGUGGUCUGCUAUAGAGUUUACUGCUGUUGCACCCUGGCCAAUGUCUCUUUACCCGGAAUUGGAGUGUCUGUGCCUGAAUUGCGACCUUUCUUCUACAUCAACGUAGCUGACAUCCCUAAACUGGAAACAGAGAUGUCAUAUGUGGCCUGCACCACAGAAAAGAUUUUUGAGGAGAAAAAGGAACUGCACGAUCUGUACAUAGAUAACCAAAAUGUGAAAACACACAGGAGCCAUUUGGUGCCCCUGCUGCGACUGAAUGCUGCCGAUAAGGAGAGGUACAGGAAACUGAGCGAACAGAGGCAAAUGUUGCUGUACUCUCAGGAGGUGGAUGGAGACUGCACGUCAAAUGAGGAGGAUCUUUUCAUUGUGUUCUUCAUGGAGCUUAAUAACCGCAUCUUCCAGAUCCUGUCAGAGGUUGCAGGGAGCGCCGAUCCCACCCUGACGGCAGAGCAUGUGAGGGCCAUGGGGCUGGAUCCCCAGGGCGAUCGAUGCUUCCUGGUGGAGCUGCUGGAGUUGUACGGCCUUGACGUCACUCUGGUUAUAGACAACCUCUGCUGCCACUAGCCUUGGAAGUACAGGAAUACACUGGAUGUUGGUGACUGUAUGACACACAAACACACACCGAGACACUACUUUCACCUUGAGCCUUCAUCUGUUGCCUGCUUUGCCAUUGUCAAUCUUUGUUUUCUUUUGUGUACAUUGUGUCAUCUGGCUUUGUAAGGAGAAUGGACUGACUCCUGGCUGAUGGUGUUGUGCUCUUUUACCGGUCUUAUUACUGUACUCUUUUUGUUUGCGCUCACCUGACUUAAUUUCUUUUUUCAACACUGGAUAUGUGGUCGAUAAUAUUACGCUGUGGGUGCUUCCCUGUGCACCGAUACUUUGUUAGUGCUGGAAUGGAAUUGGAUUGUCAUUCUGCUGUGAUUCUUGGACAUUUGUGAGAGGAUUGACCACUCUUUGGCCUUUUACAAAAAAAAAAAACGAAGCAAUAGAAGUUUGCAUCUUUGUCUGCGAUUAGCCUUUCACGUUAUUGUAUUUCGUAAAUUGGGCGUUCACUUUUUGGCACCUUCAACAAGAGUUAGAUUUAUGAGUUAAAUUCUCAAUGAAUGUGAUUCUAUGACACAACGUUAUCAUAAAUGCUGCACCUUUUUGCGCUAUUUGCCACGGGACUGUUUUUUGAUGCACACGCUGAUCAUUCAUAUUACACGCUGACAAAAAAUCAUUCUACCGAAAGGGCACGUGUCAAACUUACGCCGAGAGGCCAGAUCCAGCCCACCACCUCAUUUUUUUUUAUGGCCCACGAAAGCAAAUCAAGUAUAUCUACUCCGUGUUUCUUGUUAAAUGGAUUUGUUCUUCCUUCAUUUUGGCAGAAAUAUGCGCCAAGAUUUCAGUUUUUAUUCACUUCUAGAGGUGAGCUUAUGGACAAAAAGAACAAUGAUGAAUGAUUUUUAUGGCAGAAACAUGCUCUGAUUUCAUCUUCUGUCCUGCUUACAUCACUACAUUCGAUUAAGGAUAGAAAUAGACUUCUCCAGGACCCUUCUAUCUGACACUGAGGAGAUUUGUUUUUGUCAUGUUGUUGGUAGGAUGUUAAUAGGUUUACUAAAACGGUUCUAAGGCUAGUUCAUCAGCGCCUCCAGCUUCUCAGAGCUUUUUGAAUGAAGAAUCCUUGAUGGCGUGCCAAAGAGAUCCUCCUUGUCUCUUUGUGACAAAGUUCUCUUUGUGUAGAGAAGCUAAGCAGAAGCUUUAACUCUUCCUUAUUGAUAUUCACGAAAUAAAAACCUUUGUCGCUUCUCUCCUUUCAUUGCCAUCUCAUUGAGUAAAUCCAAGUCUGGAGUGGGAUCAAGUGUGUUUGAACACUACUGGCACACUGUGGAAGUGAUCCAUCAUUGUCUGUCUAGAUAAUAAUUUUGUUCCAUGUUGGAACACUGCGGCUGGGGCUAGUAGAAAUUCGCAGAGGUGCUUCUCAAAUGUCUCAUUGACCUACGGCAAAAUGAGAGGCAUUCUAUCCAGCCUGAGAACUCCUGAUUUAGAAAGAUGUCAGCCUUAUUGCGGUUUUGACCCCCAUGCUUCCUAGUUUGGUUUAUUAAACAGCAAGUGCAAUUUGUAUUGUGCAUAUUUAAAAGAAGAAGAAAAGACUAUCACUUAAGGUUGUUUUUUUUUUUUUUUUUUUUUAAAUGGGGCCUUAAGGAAAUAUGACUUACGACACGGUCUGUUAUACUGUACGUGUUUGUCAAAAGAUACAUACAGUACUCCUCAGCACAUAUAAAUGAUCUGUUGCCUUGGACCAGUCUAUUUACUUUUCAGCAGCCUCCAACAUUAUUUGUAUUACUGGUGUACAUUAAUUGUCAGAGUGGGUGUACAUACACACAAAUACACAACUGUAUAACUCAUUAUACCAGCAUUAGCUACAAUUACUGUUUAUACAAUGUCUUACUCUGAAUGUCCAAAACAGCAAAACUAUUGCACACCAUGUACAUUUUCUACUUGACUGUAAAAUAUAUCAAGAAUAGUCACUGUAACUAAACCUUAAUAUACACAUGAAGUCAAUAGCAUGAGCAACUGUUAAUUUCACUGUACUUUGUAUGACAAUAAAACAUGGACUGAUUGUU